ACAAACAUGGCAUGUUUUUGAGAAGAACAUGUGAGUCUGUGGAUAUACUAGUAAAGUAGGAGUUAUUAAAAUCGAUCUUAUUUGAAAAUAUAUCCAGGUUCAAGCACCAUGGCAUCAGGAGAAGAAGAUUUCCCUCGUGGAGGCCCAGUCAAGAAAACCCCUGAGCUGAAAACCUCUAAAAUUACCAAGCCUCGUGUGGAGGUGGACAAUCUUUUUGAGACUCGAGAACCCAUAGUGAAAAAGAAGAAGAAAGCUGCGAGUAAGCAUGAAGAUGAAAAGGCGGCCAAAAGGCAGAAAACCGCUGAAGGUCUGAAGCUGAACACAGCAGAGCGUGUGGAUAUCCUCCAUAUGAAGAACCAGAAGGUGGGCAUGGUGAUGCUCGGCUGUGUAAGGGAGCUCUUAAACUGCGAGGUUGUCCUCGGUCUCCCCAGUGGGCUUAAAGGCUACUUGCCCGUCUCUAACAUUUGUGAUGCUUACACAGCGAUCCUGAGCAAUGCAGUAGACACUGGGACAGAUCUCGAGGAACUUGUGUCUCCUUCCCACCUCCUUGCCCCGGGCCAGCUGGUCAGGUGUGUGGUGUCGUCUUUAGAUUCAUCCAAAGAGGGCUAUGUCUGUCUGAAAUUGUCCAUCAACCCAAAGGACGUGAACAAGGAGCUCAACUCCAGCUCUCUGAAAGCAGGCAUGACUCUGAGUGGUUGUGUGGAGAGCAUCGAGGAUCACGGUUACCUGAUAGACAUCGGCGUGAGGGGAACAAAGGCUUUUCUGCCCAGAGAGGAAGCAAAGGAUGAAGCCAAGACCUCUAAAAGAAGUAAAACCUUUCAGGAUCUGAAAGUGGGUCAGUAUGUGACGGCCAUGCUGGAGGAGGUGAAGAACGAGGGACGGGUGGUGCGUCUUUCUCUGAACCCUGCGGCUGUUAAUCAGGCCUGCGCAGAGACGCAUCAUGGCUGGACGUUGAGUAACCUCUUACCCGGACUACUGGUCCAGACCUGCAUCAAGAAGGUGACGGCUCACGGCUUGAUCGUAACGUUCCUCUCUUCUUACACCGGCCUGGUGGACUUCAUGCACAUCGACCCGGGUAAACUGUCCACUUACAGUGUAGGAGACGAGGUGAAAGCUCGUAUCCUGUAUGUGGACCCGUCCUCUCGUCUGGUGGGUCUGUCCCUGCGCAGCCACCUCCUACAACCAGAGGGUGUCGUGUUGGACGAUGUCAUAAGUGAGCGAACAGGGGAGGUGCUGAAGGGCUGCAAGAUGGUUUCUUUGCACUACAACUCUGGAGCUGUGAUGGAGCUGCCAGACGGGACCCCCGCCUUCGUGCACAGAUCCCAUUUGAAAGUCUCCGAGGGGGAGUUUAACCCGAACCGACUCCUUGCUGAACCGGAACACACACUGAGAAUUAUAGACUACAGCCCAAUGGAGCAGGUCCACAUGGCCACGAUGAACAAGAACCUGAUCGAAGCGCGCUUCUUCACCUAUCAAGAUAUUAAACCAGGGCAGAUAGUUGAGGCCACGGUGCAGAGCCUGGAGAAGUACGGCUUGCAGGUCAAAAUCACAGACCACAUUAAAGGCUUCGUUCCCAGAAUUCACCUGGCGGACAUCGUUCUCAAAAACCCUGAGAAAAAGUACAGGGAAGGCAUGAGGAUCAAAUGUAAAGUUUUAUCAGUGGACUACCAAAAUAAGAAGAUCAUUCUGAGUAGGAAAAAGACUCUGAUGGAGACGACACUCCCUCUUUUCCUGUCAUACGCGGACGCCUGCGUGGGUCUCGUCUCCCACGGCUUCAUCGUCUGCAUCAAGGAUUUUGGCUGCAUCGUAAGAUUUUACGGUGACGUUAAGGGCCUGGUGCCGAUGUCUGAGCUGACCUUGGAGCCCACCAACAACCCACAGGGUCUUUUUUACGUGGGACAGGUGAUUCAAGCCAAAGUGCUUAAGUGUGAUGUUGAAAAUGAGAAACUGCUCCUGUCCUUUAAAGCGGUGACUCAGAAUGACCUCGAGAAGAUCCGAAGUAUGAAGUUCGACUUGGAAGUCGGAAAGAAAGUGGAAGUGGCUGUACGCAAGAAAUGCCAGACUGCCCUUGAAGUGUCUAUUCUCCCAGAAGAGAUACCUGCUCUACUUCCCACAGUGCACCUCUCUGACCAUGUGACCAACUGCCCUCUGCUGUGGGUGGGGCUACAGGAAGGAGACACCAUUUCCAAUGUUGUGUGUCUGAGCAAAAACAAGCAAAGCAUCACUGUCAGUAAGAAGCCGUCACUGGUUGCAGCUCUCGAGGCAGAAAACUUGGUUACAUCUUUCUCGGAGCUGCAGGUGGGGAUGGUGAUGGUGGGCUGGGUGAAGAGCGUCAUGCCCUACGGCAUCUUUGUCAGCUUCCCUCACGGCUUGUUCGGCCUUGCACCCAAAGCUGCCAUGAGUGACAAGUUCAUCACAGACACUGCAGAAGUGUUUGAGUUAGGACAGACCGUGCUGGCCAAGGUGACCAACUUGGAUGAGGUGAAGUGCCGGUUCUUGAUCAGCCUGAAGGUGUCAGACGUGAGCUGGGCAGAGAGCGAUGUUCAGGCCAGACUGAUCCAGGGUCAGCGUGAAAGGAUAUCCGUCUACAAGGCAAUGACUUUGAGAGGUGGCUCAGACGUGCUGCAGCAACUCUCCUCUGUGUCACUUGGGGAUAAAUUGAAGAUGACGGUGGAAAUGACUAGAGAAGACGGCUCAGUCGUCCUGACCUCAGAUCAACUCAGCCAUGCCACAGUGCUGGCCUCCAAGUACCACAUCACAGAUGUGAACACAACUCCAGGCAGUAAGGCCUCUGCCGUGGUGCUUCACGUUGACUUUGUGACCUCUGAGGUUCACGUGUCCCUCCUGCCAAAACUCAGGGUGACGAAGAAAAAGUUACAGAAAAACUCCCAGCACACCGCAACAGUUCAGUUCAUGGACAAAGACUUUGCCGUAAUAUCAUUGGGCAACACCGGUCACCUGACUGUGAUUUCCACAACCAGCCACCUCAACGAAAUGUUCCAUUUUGAAUCCGAAAAGUUGUCCGUGGGUCAUAAUCUAACCGUGACCAUAACGGAGCCAAGCAGUGAAGAUCUGGGUGGACGAGCUCUCGUAGAUUAUCAGCUCUCGGCUAAAAAAAGCAAAUCCAGCAUGCCCCAGAACAGAGCUGAAGAACACAAAUAUAAGAUUGGGGACUUUGUGACAGCGAAGAUUAAAACCAUCAAACCUCUGUGUGUACUUGUGACUUUGCCGGAUGGAACGAUGGGAAGCGUGCACGUUUCUCAAAUCCAUGAAUCGCCCGGAGUAGGAGGAUUCCCCACGUCGGCCCUGAAGGUCGGCAUGGAGGUUAAGGGAAGGGUGAUCGGGGCUCGUCAGUUCCACAGCCACAGAUUUCUGCCCAUCACACAUCCCAACUUCGUGUUCUCUGUGCCUGAGCUCACACUUCUACCCAGUAAACUGAAUGACGAUGCGACUGUUGCCUCACUGGAGAACCGGCCUAAACUGGACAGCUAUAAAUCUGGACAGGAGAUCAUGUGCUUUGUAUCUAAAUACCUUCCAGAGUCAAAGUGUCUUGAGGUUGCUGUGUCUCCGAACGUGUUUGGAUCCGUGGAGCUGCUGGCAAUGAUCACCAAACCUAGAGAGGCAAAUCAUCCAGGAAAGCUCUUCAAACAUGGCCAGUGUCUCUCCGCGAAGGUGGUCGAGAUCACCCCCAAAAAGCGUCACCAGCUCAAACUUUCCCUGACAGGGACGCAUGCCCUCAAGAAGGGGGUUGUUACUGUUGGCAUGGUGGCGAAAAUCAUCCCCCAGAAGGGCUUGAUUGUGCGUCUGCCGUUCAAGCAGUCUGGCGUGGCAUGUAUAACCGAUUUAACAGACGCAUACGUGGAGGAUCCGUUUCAGCAGUACAAAAAAGACCAGGUGGUCAGAUGCCAGGUCAUCGGUAAAAAAGGCAGAAAUUUCCAACUGUCUCUGCGUCUGUCCAGGAUCCAUGCUGGUAAGGCCUUGCCAGUCAAAGACGUGGACCUCAAAUCCAUCUUGGAGCUUCAGGAGGGACAGAUUAUCCAAGGAUAUGUAAAAAAUGUUGACAAAAUGGGCAUAUUCUUGAGGUUAUCCAGAUUAGUCACGGGAAGAGUCCUGUUCCAACAUGCCACAAACUACUUUGCAGUCGACUCCGACCUGUUCCAAGAACGCGUCUCCCAGAAUGCACUGCUGACAGCCAAAGUUCUCCACGUUGACGCAAAGAACAAACACGUGGCUCUCUCCUUACUCCCGGAGGACACUGGAAAAGCAGACAUUCUCCCAGAAUCCCUUGGGCUUCCGCUGCGCCUGAAGGGGAAGGAAAAGGAGGCGCAUGACAAGAAGAGUGCUGCAAGGAAGCGCAAGAAGUCUGAGAGCGAGCAGAACGAAGCUAGGGAAGCGAAGAAACGAAAGAAAGAAGAAAAGGAUGCAGCGAUCAAUAAGAAAAAAUUAACAAAGGAGAGAAGGCUGAAGAGUUUGCAAGCUGAUGAUCAGGAUAGUGGAGUUGAGGUGUAUUUUAGAGAAAAAGACGAUGACCAAGCAAAGAAAAGGGGUAAAAGUGAGGCUGCAGCUCCAGAAGAGCCAGGCAGGCUACAGGUAGCAUCUGAUUUCUCCUGGGACGUAGUGCUGAGCUCACUCAAACCUGCAUCAUCUGUCGAAAACGCGUACGAGUCCAGCGAAGAUGAGCCGGACGAUCAUACCAAGACAACGAAGAAGUCUCGGCGGGAGGCGGAGAUGGAACGUAAGGAGGCAGAGCUCAAGCUCAGCAAACUGGAGGCGGAGCUUAUGGAGCCCUCGGCCCGACCGGAGAGCACUGAGGCGUUUGAGCGACUGCUGCUCUCGUCCCCGGACUCGUCUCUGCUCUGGCUGCAGUACAUGGCCUUCCAGCUACAGGCCACACAGAUCGAGCAGGCUCGCGCUGUAGCCGAGAGAGCCCUCAAAACCAUCUCCUUCAGGGAGGAGCAGGAGAAGCUGAAUGUGUGGGUGGCUCUGCUCAACCUGGAGAACAUGUACGGUACUGAAGAGAGCCUUCAGAAAGUGUUUGAGCGAGCCAUUCAGUACUGCGAGCCCAUGCCUGUCUACCAGCAGCUGGCAGAUAUUUACACCAAGUCCAGCAAGAUCAAGGAAGCAGAGAACUUGUAUAAGAACAUGGUGAAGCGCUUCAGGCAGGAGAAAGCCGUGUGGCAAAGCUACGGGUCCUUCUUGCUGCGUCAGGGACAGAGCGAUGCUGCUAAUGCUCUCCUCCAGAGAGCACUGCAGAGUCUGUCCAAUAAAGAGCAUGUGGACCUGAUAGUCAAGUUUGCUCGGUUGGAGUUCCAAUAUGGGAACACAGAGCGAGCCAAGGCAAUGUUUGAAAAAGUCCUGAGCAGCUACCCCAAGCGCACAGACCUCUGGUCUGUCUACAUAGACCUGAUGAUGAAGCACGGCUCACAGAAAGAGAUCAGGGCUCUCUUUGAUCACGUGGUUCAUCUGAGUGUGUCAGUGAAAAAGAUCAAGUUCUUCUUCAAGCGCUACCUGGACUACGAGAAGAAGCACGGCGACCCCAAGAGCAUCCAAGCAGUCAAGCAAAAAGCUCUGGAGUACGUGGAGUCAAAAAGGACUGACGCUGUUAACUAGAACCAAAAACAGGAGGAACCUGAUCUUGUGGGUUUGAAAGGACAAUGGUUUUGUUUUUUCUUCCUGUCAUUAUCUCCAGUUCUUGGUAAAAUCACAUCAGUUUUGUGUGUCUGGAAUCUAAUUGAUGGACUUUGUUAGGACUGAUGGACAGACAUCAGCCUUUUAACGAGAAGAAAAGCAAAGCAGAUGAUUUAAGAGGCUGGCUUGUACUUUUUUUUAAAAAAUAAAUACAAUAGGAAAAUUAGACAGAGAGAGAGCACGCAGGUGUAUUGGGGGGGGGGGGAUAAGUUUGUACUGAUAUGAGUUUGUAACUGACUUAAUUAAAAUGGUCCAAAUCGCAGUCUUUAUAAAGAGCUUUAUCCACAAAACGUUUUAUUCAAAAACAAACAAAACCAACAGAAAACCCAUCAAACUAUACAAAAUUAAAAAAGUGGCAAUGGGUUGGCCCUGAUACAUACUCAAUAAUAGGGAAGUAUGAUUUAACUGCUGAAUAUUAGGUCAUAUCUUCAUAUUUCUUCUUGUAAUCACGAUACAAAAACCUAAUAAAAACUUCCAGUACCUUUCGAACAGAACAACACGUUUU